UCUCUACCACAGAUCUCAUCAUGGCUGACCUUAAAUCCAUGGAAAAAUAAAUAAUCUAUUAUUACCAUCUCUCUAAAAUGUGGACAAAACCACUUCCAGAAGCUUACAAUGCACAGGAAGCUGAUGACUAUUUCAAAUGCAGACCUCAUAUAGUAGCCCUUCGACUCAUUGAAGUUUUUGGCUCCUUUGCUUCAGCUGCAAUCAGAAUCAGGAUAUCAGGAAUUAUAAAGUCAAAAACAUCAAAUGCAGACUCUGAAACCGAAGAAUACAAUUCACAACACAAAUUUGGCAUGGUGUUAAAAGAAACAAUGUUAAACUUAGGUCCCACUUUUAUCAAAGUUGGUCAAUCCCUUUCCUCAAGGCCAGAUAUCAUUGGCUUUCAAAUAACAAAGGCUUUAAGUGAGCUCCAUGAUCAAAUCCCUCCAUUUCCCCGAACUUUAGCCAUGAAAAUCAUAGAGGAAGAGCUAGGAUCCCCUGUGGACACCUUCUUCAGUUACAUCUCUGAGGAAGCAAUAGCUGCAACAUCAUUUCGUCAAGUAUAUGUUCUUUUCACUAAUAACCAACAUAAAACAAAAACAUUAAAUCUUUAUUAUUUAUCUAUUUAUUUAUAUUCCUUCAUAUCUUUUUAA